UUUAUGAUAAGUGUUAUCUUUAGUUUAGUACACAGCAUCGUGUCGGCGGGAGAGGCAGAGGCGGCAGUGCCCUGAAGAGUGGCGAAGAACCCUGUCAUACGGACAACAGCGACCAAAGAGGCCAGCGAAGGUCGCCAUGGCCACAGCAAGGAGGCGAGUCCCGUGCAGCGAUGCGGAGCCACAAAAAUUUUCUCAAGGAGAAUUGAAUGAUUUAGUCAGAGCCUUGUCUCUGUCGGAAGAUAAAGCUGACCUCUUGAUAUCCCGCCUAAAGGAAAAAUCUCUACUUGUGAAGGAUGGAAAUGUAGUAUUGCCUGCUCCUUGUCAAGGGUCCCACCAAAGUCCCGAGAUAUGCUAUAAGUCAGUAUCGGGGACUUGUGAAGUUGAUGGAUGCCCGAGAUUCCAUUCAAAGAUUCACUUUCAUUGGCAAGUGACCAAAGAUUGUGAUACUUGGUAUAACUUCCCAAAGAAAACUGUUCAUUUUCUGGAAAAACAAUUCAGCAAUCCCGAGAGUAACAUCAUUAUCCUGCAACGACUCGAUGAUUCCUGCCAUGACAGAGGUCUAUUAUCAAUACUGAAAUGCCAUCUUUGGAAAAUAGACUUCAGUUACACGCAGUGGGAUAAUAAUUGCGCAUAUAUUCCCAUUGCCUGUCAAGACAAGGAAUAUCACAUCCGGAGACUUUGCACCGAGAGAAAUCCGACGCAGAAAUUAAGAGCAAACAGGUUCAUUUGGUAUUUCCAAGAUGACUCGCAGAAGUGGUGUCCGUUCGACCUUCCUAAUAAUAAGAGACUGGAAGAUGCCUACCACGAGACUCCGAAAGGAAAUGUGAUAAUACAGACCGGUGUAGCCAAGUACAGAGUGGAUUUCAGCAAAAUGAAUCAGAAAAAUGUAUCGACAAAGAAAAUACGAGAUAUACGGCGCAGGCCCCUACCACUCGUGUGAACUCAUUAGAGAUAGGCAGUAUAUAAUUUUAUAAGGUGAAUUCUAGUAGGAAACAUUAUCUAUAGAUUACACACACAUACACACACAUAUAUAUCGACGGCCACCUUCGGUCGAUUUCGACUAUGGCGUUAAACAAAACAAUGCACUUUUUUGUGGUAUCUAUAAGAUGAAAAGCUUCGGGAGUCAACCCGGAGCCCCUGAGGCAGUUCGUUGUCGCUUGCAGCCUCGUUCUGGCAACUCCUGCACCGCCGCUGGUGCCAAACCGUAUCGGUCUUUGCCGUUCCUUUGGAUCCAUCACCUGCGUGGAGAGAGGGAGCAUGCUACAUGGGCAACAUCACAUUCUUUCACCCAGGCAUUGACUCUACCUAUACGGGAGUGGGUAGAAACAAUAAAGCCAUAGUCGACAUCGACUGAAGGUGGGAUGUUAAGAAAAUAUAAAGGUAGUGUAACAUGCUAAUGUUACAGUACCUUCAGUGUUAUUUCUUUCACCUUGCCUCAUUUUGAGUAUUAUGUGUAGUAUUAAUAUCAGCUACUCUGUCUUGUCAGAAACUUAUAACUUAUGUGUCAUUUAUUUGUUCAGUACAAAUCCUCAGCAUUACCAAUCAGUCUAUUCAUCGUACCUGUUAUUACAGAACUUAAUAAACGUUUAUUUCCA